AUGCGAGCAGAGCAAUUCGCUAACAAGACGAUUUUCUACAGACGGACCGAACUGCCUUCACCUCCAGAACGGAGAUUGUACGCGCCGCCCCGAUCUAUAUGCCCGCUGUGCGCACAUGCUGACUCACCCCAGCUCAACAAGUACCUGAAGCUCGACCAGAAGGGCAGCAUCAUGGCCGAGUACGUCUGGAUCGACUCAACAGGCGAGACCCGUUCCAAGUCCCGAGCAUUGGCCGCCACAUUGGCGUCAUGGCUACGACACGCCGCCAACUGCAUGCCUUGCUUGCGCAUUUCUCUUAGCACCGGCUCAACGGAGCCCGUCAUCGCGAUGCCAUUUUUCUCCGAUGAAUUCUUUCACUACAAUACCCUGAAAGAGGUUGAAGGCGGCUACAAGCCUGAAGACCUCCCCGUCUGGAACUUUGACGGCUCUUCCACCAACCAGGCGCCCGGUGAUAACUCGGACGUCUACCUGCGCCCUUGCGCCGUCUACCCUGACCCUUUCCGUGGCACCCCCAACAUCAUUGUGCUCGCCGAGUGCUGGAACCCCGAUGGCACCCCCAACAAGUUCAACUUCCGCCACGAGUGCGCCAAGGUCAUGGAGACGUACGCCGAGCACGAGCCCUGGUUCGGUCUCGAGCAGGAGUACACCCUCCUCGAUCUCGAUGACCGCCCGUACGGCUGGCCCGCCGGCGGCUUCCCCGCUCCCCAGGGCCCCUACUACUGCGGUGUAGGCGCCUCCAAGGUCGUGAUGCGCGACAUUGUCGAGGCCCACUACAAGGCCUGCCUCUACGCUGGCGUCAAGAUCUCGGGCACCAACGCCGAGGUCAUGCCCGCUCAGUGGGAGUUCCAGGUCGGCCCUGUUGAGGGCAUCGCCAUGGGCGACCAGCUCUGGAUCUCCCGCUUCUUCCUCAGCCGCGUCGCCGAGGAAUUUGCUGUCAAGGUCUCGUUCCACCCCAAGCCCGUGAAAGGCGCCUGGAACGGUGCAGGCAUGCACUCCAACUUCUCCACCAAGGAGAUGCGCGUCGAGGGCGGCAUGGCCCAUAUCGAGGCCGCUCUCAAGAAGCUCGAGCCUCACCACGAGGAGUGCAUCAAGGAGUACGGCGAGGACAAUGAGCAGCGCCUCACCGGCAGCUACGAGACGGGCUCCAUUGACCAGUUCACCUGGGGCGUCGCUAACCGCGGCUGCUCUAUCCGCAUUCCUCGCGAGACAGCCGCCCAGGGCUUCGGCUACUUUGAGGAUCGCCGUCCCGCCUCCAACGCCGACCCUUACCGCGUCACCAAGAUUCUUAUGACGUCCAUCUUUGGCAAGCUGUAA